CGGAGGCCGUUUCGGUUCCUCGACGGGGACGCGCUGCCUGGAAGGGGAACUCGUCUGAAGGGAGAGGCGGGAAAUCUCCCCCGCUGGUGCCGCGUUCGCCGCCCUGCGGAGACGGAGCGGAAGCAAUGGACGGUGCCGGCGGCAGAGGGGAGCGUGGCGGGCGCAGGGCACGGCCCGCAGCCCCGCGGGGACGGGGGGCAGCGAGGGCCGUAGCCCGCAGCCCCUCACCGGGCUGUAGGAGCCCGGGCGGCGCCGCGACCCCCCAGCCAGGGAGGAAAGGAGCCGCUGCCCGGCGCGGCCGCCCGGCGCGGCCAGCUUCCACCGUCAGGAGCCCGCCGGCGGGCCCGGCAGCGAACGGCGGGAGGUUGCCUCCAGCCCCUCGGGGCAGGGCACCACCCACCAGAGCCCCGGCGGCGCAGAGGCGAGCGGCGGUACCCGACGGGGCGGCGGCUGCCGCCGUGGCCGUUCCCCGCUCUCCGUCGGCAGCGGGAGCCCUACGCCUCCGGGAGGUGCUGGCGCGGCUCACCCUAGACCGCCAGGACGUGUCCGAGGCGUCGCGGCUGGUGAACCGCGUCACCUUAAAGCUGACCGAGGCCAUCCGCAGCCACGGCGGCCCCUUCAGCUCCAUGGAGCAACUGGGCGCCGGCAGCUACUACGAGCACGUCAAGAUAUCUGAACCAAACGAGUUUGACAUCAUGCUGGUGAUACCCAUAGAGAGGCUUCAGCUGGAGCCAAGCGAUGACACUGGAGCCUUUUACUACCUGAAGUUCAAAAGGAACCCAAAGGAAAAGGGUUUGACCAAGUUUGUAGAUGAAGAUGAAACGUUAUCUGCCUCCAAAAUGCUCGAUGCACUGAGAGAAAUUAUUAAACAAGCAGUGAAAAGCAUCCCAGAUGUGGCUGUAACUGUGAAAAGGAAGAAGCCUGGCAGCCCUGCCAUAACUCUUCUGAUCAGCAAUCCGAGCACAGAGCCUCCCUCAGUGAUCUCAGUGGACAUCAUCUUGACUUUGAAAGUCAAUCAGAGCUGGCCCUCCAGCACCGAGGACGGCCUCCGGAUCGAGCAGUGGCUGGGCAGGAAAGUCAGGAGACACUACAGGCUCCAACCACUCUAUUUAGUAGCCAAGCAAAACAGAAGGGAGAAGGUUCAAAGAGGCAACUGCUGGCGCCUCUCCUUCUCCCACGUCGAGAAGGCCACGAUGAACAACCAUGGCAACACCAAGACCUGCUGUGAGUCUGAUGGAGUGAAGUGCUGCAGGAAAGCUUCUCUGAAGCUUCUGAAGUUCCUGCUGGAGAAACUUAAGCUGAAGUAUCCAGAAAGGCUGGAGAAAAUCUCUUCCUAUUAUGUCAAAACCUCUUUCUUCCACUCCUGUGCCAGGUGGCCAAAUGACACAGACUGGCCUGUGGCAGGCCUGGAGCACUGCUUUCAGAGGUCCCUGCUAGAUUUUCUGGAUGGCUUGCAGAGGUCUUACCUGCCACACUUCUUUGUUCCCCAGUACAACCUGCUGGGCCCAGAGGAUAAGGCCAGCAGCGAGUUCCUCUCCAGACAAAUACUGCUGGAAUGGAACAAUCUCUUCCCAGUCCUGCAGGAGAGGUCCUAGGAUCACAGCUCCCA